CUCUUUCUCCUUUUUAUUAUUCCUUUCUUUUUUCUCACUCUCUCUUCUCUACUCCACGCCACUACUACUCUCUUCACACUUCCCCUCCUUCAAACAUGGCCGAUGAAGCUUCGUCCGUUCCAGUUCCGCCAGCUUCCGAUCAGCCACCUCCUGAAGCUGAUUCACUAGUUGUGGCAGCCCCGAUGGUAUCAGUGACGGUGACGGAGUCAGAUUCAACUGCCAAAACGGGAAAGGAGGAACCUUGUUUGGCUUCAGCGUCGGAUUCCUCUGCAAUGACACAGAAAGAAGAAAAAGGAGAGUUCUUGCCGCCGCCACCUCCGAUACUAGAGGUGGCAGAGUCUGAGUCAGAGGAAGUGGCAGAGAAAGUGGAACUGCCGCAGCCGGUGGUUGCUGAGUCAAAAUCACUGGCGGCGAUGAUGGAGAAAGAUGAACCGGGAGCAGAGUCUCAGGGACAGGCGAAAUCUGCUGCUGAUACUACCCAGGAAGAUGUUGAUGUUGCUGCCGAGGAGAGAAAGAUCAUUCCUCAAAAUUUGGUAUCUUUCAAAGAGGAGAGUAACAAAGUGGGUGAUCUCUCCGAUUUCGAGAGGAAUGCUUUGCAGGAGCUCAAGCAGCUCGUGCAGGAAGCUUUGGAUACUCAUCAAUUCACUUCUCCGCCACCAAAACCUCCGUCCAAAGACGAAAAGACAGCUGCGCCCUCUUCGGAGGCUCCUGAAGCUGAACCAGGAUCGGAUUCUGACAAAAGCACCGAGAUAAGCCCACCGGAAGAAAACCCAGAAAAGGAAACAAAAGAAGCUGCAAAACCAGAGCCGGUUCCACCGGAGGAGGUUUCCAUUUGGGGUAUCCCUCUUCUCAAAGAUGAUAGAAGCGAUGUUAUCUUCUUGAAAUUCUUAAGAGCAAGGGAUUUCAAAGUGAGGGAUGCGUUUGCCAUGAUCAAGAACACAAUCCAGUGGAGAAAAGAGUUCGGGAUAGAUAAGCUAGUGGAAGAAAAUCUUGGGGAUGAUUUGGAGAAAGUUGUGUUUAUGCACGGACAUGAUAGGGAUGGGCAUCCUGUGUGUUACAAUGUGUAUGGGGAGUUCCAGAACAAGGAGCUGUAUCAGAAAACUUUCUCGGAUGUGGAGAAGAGAAUGAAGUUCUUGCGUUGGAGGAUUCAGUUCUUGGAAAGGAGCAUAAGGAAGCUUGAUUUUAGCCCUGGUGGUAUUUGUACUAUUUUCCAGGUUAAUGAUCUCCAGAAUUCUCCUGGACCUGGAAAGAGAGAGCUGAGAUUGGCAACCAAACAGGCUCUCCAGCUGCUUCAGGACAAUUAUCCAGAAUUUGUAGCCAAACAGGUGUUUAUCAAUGUUCCUUGGUGGUAUCUUGCAUUCUAUACAAUGAUUAGUCCAUUCAUGACCCAGAGGACCAAGAGCAAGUUUGUUUUUGCGGGGCCGGCAAAGACUGCUGAAAUCCUUUUUAAAUACAUAUCUCCUGAGCAAGUGCCAAUACAAUAUGGUGGGUUGAGUGUUGAUUACUGUGAUUGCAACCCUGAAUUCAGCUUUGAGGAUACUGUCACUGAGAUCACUGUAAAAUCAGGGACCAAAAAAACUGUUGAAAUAACCAUUUAUGAGAAAUGCAUCCUUGUUUGGGAGAUCCGGGUAGUUGGGUGGGAAGUGAGCUAUGGAGCCGAAUUUGUACCCAAUGCUAAAGACAGCUAUACAAUUAUUAUACAAAAACCCACAAAGAUGGCCCCAAGAGAUGAGCCGGUUGUAAGUCAUAGCUUCAAAGUUGGUGAUCUGGGUAAGGUAUUGCUCACUGUGGACAAUCCAACCUCAAAAAAGAAGAAGCUUCUCUACAGGUUCAAGGUCAAACCCUUCUCUGAUUGAGAUAUCAUUCUCUUUAGAAAACUUGGGUAUGGAAAUUUAAUUUAUUCUUAGGUGGUUAGUUAUUUUUGGGGCAUUUGUAAAAUCGUGUCUUUGAUGUAAGGAGAAUGCUGAUAGAGGGUGCAACAUGUCUUUGAAUUUUGUUUUCAGUAUGUGAGGUUUUGCAAAGAAAUAGAAACAUUGCUAGCUUCUUUGAGCAAGCAUAAAUUUCGGGACUAAUGGAGAGAAAUAUUAUGGCUGUAGAAGUUAUAUGUACCUAAAUUCAAUUGAUUUGCAUUUGUGUUAUCUUGACUCUAUAUUUCAUUUCCU